UUAAUAUCUUCUGGGGAUCUGAUCCACCUAAAGCUGUAUCUCCUUCACCAGAUGCUAAUAUUGAUGAUGAAAUGGAUGCAGAAGGAGAGAUUGGCAUUGCGGAUGCAGAAGGAACUCUCGGUAUUGAACACUUUGCAAGGUUUAGUGAAGAGGAUGCUUACAGACCCUUGGAUGUUGACGAGGAAGUGCCAUGUUCCUUUGACUUGCCUGCAGACUGCAAUGAUGAUGACAACUCCUCUGUUGCAUCCCUGAAAAUUUAUGAAGGCAUUACUAAUGAUAUAUCCAAUGCCGACUUGGGGAUGAGCACAUCAUUACCCAAGGACCAUAUUCAGGAAACUUCAGAAACCCCUGAAGCGAAAGGAGAUACUCAGGAAAAUCUACCAUCGCCAGCAGCUAGCAAAGAUAGGGUAUGCACAGACUUGACUGACCCACCACAAAAGGACUCCCGAAGCUCAAAAGACGAGUCCAACUAUGAUGCAGGGAUCCUUCUUCAUACUGAAAACACACCAGAAGUUCCAGUUGUGGGAGAGUCAUUAGACACCCUCAUGUCAACUCCUGUCAUACCUGAGCAUGUGCCAGAGAAUCAGCCAUCAUUGGCUGAGGAUAUUAUCCAAACAGAAACCACCCCCAUGAGAAACCCAACUGUUCAUCCAAAGAAGUCACUAAUUAUGAACAUCAAAUUUGUAGCUACCAGUAACGAGAACUGCACUUCUCCAAUAUGUUCGUCUCCAUCAUCAGAAGUUCUUUCAGAGAACACACAAGAUGGAUCACCAACCCCAGUCAAAGACAAUGAUCCAUCAGAUGCCGGUCUGUCAGAUACAGAUAACUUCACUUCUCCAAUAUGUACGCCUCCAGUAUGCCCAUCACCCAUAUGUACGUCUCCAUCGUCAGAAGUUCUUUCAGAGAACACACAAGAUGGAUCACCAACCCCAGUCAAAGACAAUGAUCUAUCAGAUGCCGGUCCGUCAGAAACAGAUAACUUCACUUCUACGAUAUGUACGCCUCCAGUAUGCCCAUCACCCAUAUGCAUGUCUCCAUCGUCAGAAGUUCUUUCAGAGAACACUCAAGACAGAUCACCAACCUUAAUCCAAGACAGUGAUCCAUCAGAUACAGAGGUAGAUGUUGUCAACACAGACGAUGAUGAUGAGGAUGUCGAUGUUGAAUCUGUUGUUGGCGUCACUCCAGCUUUCCAAAACUUAAACCCGUAUUCCUCUCUCAGAAACAUAACUUCAAGACUCUCAAGUACCCUGCGAAAGGAACAGGCGAUGGACAUGGAACAAACGAAGAUCAAACCCAAGUCAUCCAGUAACCUGCGAAAGGAACAGGCGAUGGACAUGGAACAAAAGAAGAUCAAACCCAACUCAUCCAGUAACCUGCGAAAGGAACAGGCGAUGGACAUGGAACAAAAGAAGAUCAAACCCAACUCAUCCAGUAACCCGCCAUUUAAACUUUCAAUUGGACAUAGCUUUGGCUCUCCAACGCACAUUAAAAAACAUAAAUCAUCAAGUGUCUACCGUGCGCCCAUGAAAAUUAAUUCGCAGGUAUCAGCAAUUGCUCCGGUCAAGCACAAGAAGAAAAAGUCCAAGAGAAAAUCUCCAGUUUGCCCAGCGAAGCAGUGGGAUUCUCCUCAUUAUCGGGUGGUUUACACCGAACAACCUUUAGUGAUACAGGAAGAGAAGGAGGAGGAGGAGGAGGUUAAUGAACGAAUGAGCAAUCACAACCAUUUGGAGCGCCUACGAAGGGAGGAACUUCGGAAGACAUUCCUUGGGCUCAGCGACGCCGUUCGUGGAUCAAAAGAGCAUGAAGUAUCAGCUGAGCAUGGAUUAGCCCACAAGAGAGUUCCCCCUAAGAUUCAUAUCUUGAAGCAGGCUGUUGCAGAGAUUAAGAAACUGACAAUUAUCGAGAAAGAACUACUGAUGGAAAAAGAAAUUUUCCAGAAACAGCAGAGACGACUUGUCUAUGUCCAUAGCAACCUCCUUCAUCAUGCAAGGUGUAAUGGACAGAUCAUCUUUCCUGAAGGCUCCAGACUUGCUGAAUCGAUGGACAGGAUAAGGGCUGGUCUGAGCAAACGCAAUCCGGCUGUUCCUCCAGAAAGCAAGCAUAUCCAAGAUUCUUCAACAGAUCUGCAAGGCAAGGGCAGGGUGAGAAAAGCCCCCAAGAACUGGGAGCAGACACUUGGUAGUCACAUCACAAAGAAGGAUUCCAGUGCAGAGAGGAGUGCUAAUCCUUCCCUUGUCUUCAAGAAGAAAAAAAGCAAACACAUUUCUGCUACAUCUUUUGGAAGCAAGGAUAUUCAAGAUUCCUCAGCAGACCUGACAUGCAUGGGCAAGGAGAGAAAAGCAUCAAAGACUUUUGAGCAGUUUCUUGACAGUCGCAUCACAAAGAAGGAUUCCCGUACAGAGAGAAGUAGCGACGCUUACGGUGACUUCAAGAAGAAAAAGAGCAAGAAGAAAAGUCACAACCGUCACUCGGACAAGACAUCAAGUAGCUCUCUAAAGACAGCCUUUGGUCCUUAUCCCCAACCAAAGAUCCACCAGGGUUCAAUAAGUAUCUGAAUUAUAUGCCUCUAACAAAGA